AUGGCAGAAAUAGCGUUAGGUGUAACAGCAUCUCAGUCUUCACUUCUUCUCGAACCCUCCAAAUUCGGAUUCCAUACACUCGCAACUCCAUCAGCAUCCCUGCGCCUUCACCUGCCUCCGACUCCAUCAAGAUUACUCAUUUCCUCUCCCAAGCCAAAGCAGCACAAUUUCGUUUUCGCUGCUAAAGUCGUCUCUUCUGAUUCCAUAGCGACCUCGUCUUCUUCAAGUACCAUCAUUACUGACAACGUUGACUUGUCAACUGAAGGAAUCGAGAUUGAAUUGGACACCGGAGGCGGAGGUAACGACGGUUAUAAAGAUACUAGCGGCGGCGGCGGAGGAGGAGGAGGAGGUGACGGUGGUGGUAAAAACGAAGGAGAAGGAGGAUCGGCAGACGAGAGUGGAUGUAAAAAGACAAUGGCUUUGUCUAUGUCUCAAAAAUUGACUCUUGGUUAUGCUGCUCUUGUUGGAAUGGGUGGUGUUAUGGGAUAUAUGAAAAGUGGUAGCCAGAAAUCGCUGUUGGCAGGAGGAAUUUCUGCCUCGGUUCUGUAUUAUGUUUAUACACAGCUUCCUGCGAAUCCGGUUUAUGCAUCAUCGAUAGGGCUUGGUAUAUCUGCUGCGCUUAUGGGAGUGAUGGGCUCCCGUUUUUUGAAGUCUAAGAAGAUUUUUCCUGCUGGUGUGGUGUCUCUUGUGUCUCUCAUAAUGACUGGUGGCUACCUUCAUGGAAUCCUUCGCAGAUUAGGCUUAAGUAUUGGAAAGCAAAUUCCAACUUUUAGUAAAGCCACUGGGCAAGAGCAAGAGCUAAACCCCGUUACUCCGGUUGCUCUUUUCUGUAGGCAUCAGAGCUCUUUGAGAUUGAAGGGCAAAGAAAGCCAACAGCGAUGGGUAAGGAGAGGAGCAGGAAUCAGGCUAACACUGCCCGAGCGAUUUUACAAACAGGUCCAAGGAAUACGAACAAUGGUGUGUGGAUCGGAACCAGCAAAUCAACCUCAUUUAGAAACUGGAUAUGGUAGGAUAAACGAACAGAGAAAGCAUCCUGUGAUUGAUCCUGGCACUGGCAAUCACCCACUGGGAAGUCUCUGA